AUGAGUUCCAAUAAAGAAUUUGGUCAUUUAGGUGAUGUUUCUUCUCAAAAGAUUGAUGGAAAAACCGACCCAAAUAUUUCAAAAUUCAAUAAUUUAUCAGAUCAAGAAAAACAAAAACUAGGUAAAGGGGAAUACGGAAAGAUUGAAAAAACUGACGGUAAGACUGAAGGUAAUCUAGGUAAUUAUAAGACUGAGGGUAAAGCAGAAGGUAAUUUGGGCAAAACAGAAGGUAAAACAGAGGGUAAUUUGGGUAAAACAGAAGGCAACUUGGACAAAUCUGAAGGUAAUUUGCGCAAAUCUGAAGGUGAUUUGGGUAAAACAGAAGGUAACUUGGGCAAAACAGAAGGCAAUUUGGGUAAAGCAGAAGUAGGGGACCAAACAAAAAGUCAGGGGAAUGUUGGUAAAGUAGAUGGUAAUUAUGGAAAAGUUGAAAAAUGA